GCGUUCAGCUUACUCUCCCUUCUUGUUAUAAUGGGUUUCCUUUGCUUUCGUUCCAAGUCAAAUAGCGCACCCGCAAGAGCGCUUGUGGUUAGUCCAAGGAUGUUCUUAAAUUACCUGUCGUGACACUCACGGUCCCAUGAAGCAGGUUCAUCAAGCCGAGCCACCGAAUAGAGAACGCGGUGGUCAAGAACCAUAUAUAGUGGUGGUGUUUGGCAGGACGGGCGCAGGCAUCAGCUCUCUAGUCAACCUAAUUGCAGGCUCGACUGUGGCUCAGUGCCACGCAGACACCAGGCCAUGUACACAGAAAAUGAUGGGUCAUCAUGCCUCCUUUGCCGGCAAACGCUUUUGCAUUUAUGACAUCCCUGGAUUUGGAGGUGUCUCGUCGGAAAGCGAAACCAUCGAAAAUAUCCAGUCGCUGGAACGAGAACAGGGAAUCGACGUCCUGGUGUAUUGCAUGCGCAAGGCGAGGCAAACCAUGAUGCCAGACAUUUUACACGAAAUCCGCCGCGUUGUUCCUUUGGGGGUCCCAAUUGUGGCCGCAGUGACAGAGCUGGAGAGGGUUGAGGGAAGUAUGGAGAGCUGGUGGACCACACCCUCGGAAGCCGGCAAACUCGCUAAUGGUCAAGCGCUAGAGAAUAUGGGAAUGUCAUUUGACCAACACGCAUGCGUAACGACCCUACCUCCCGAAGAUGCGGCCCAUCACAAUACGUUCAGCGAACGGCGCAAGCAGUCGCAGGAGGUGAUACACAACAUCUUGCUGGAGAGAUGCAGGGGAAUGAAGAGAAAACCGGAGUCGUCACUCCGAUGAGCGCGGGAUGAACUCUUCUGUUUUCCAUAUCUUGCGGGAUGUUCGUUACCUUCGGACUAGAGAAUGACAGUCUGGAUGGCCUGCGGAGGUCGGGAAUUCACUGCGCACGCUUAUGAAUGAAGGUAUGAGGCCAGAAUGCUGGCCGUUUGCUAACCGAGGUAAGAAAGCAAUGGAGACAUACACACUACUGUGAUGUGCGCAUGAUAACAAUGUCGACAUUGGCGGCUGUGGCCGUCUCAGCCGGUAAA